AGGCGCGGGCGCGCGGGGCAUCACGGGCCGCCCGGACGCGGAAGAUGGCGGACGCGGCCGUGGGUAAAGACAAGUGCGGGGAACAGCGGCUCGUGUCGCUGCCCCUGUCCCGCAUCCGAGUCAUCAUGAAGAGCUCCCCUGAGGUGUCCAGCAUCAACCAGGAGGCGCUGGUGCUCACGGCCAAGGCCACGGAGCUCUUUGUUCAGUAUCUAGCCACCUGUUCCUACAGACAUGGCAGUGGCAAAGCCAAGAAAGCGCUGACAUACAGUGACUUAGCCAGUACUGCAGAGGACUCAGAGACACUUCAGUUUCUUGCAGAUAUAUUACCAAAGAAGAUUUUAGCUAGUAAGUACCUGAAAAUGCUCAAAGAGAAGAGGGAAGAAGAGGAGGAGGAGAAUGAUGAGGAGGAAGGUGGUGCUGGUGAAGCCCUGGCCUAGGCCAGCAGGAAGUGCUCGCAGUGAGCCCAGUGACAGACUAACAGCUGGGAAGUGACAGGCACUACAGCUUGGUCUCAGACUUGCAGCUUGUUGCAUGCCCUCUCGCAGUGGGAAGGACUGGACAGCAGCCUCCCUCCC